AUGGUCCGCCUCAAGAACCGCUACCUCCUAGUCGAUAUCCUAUACCCCGACCCGACAACCUGGCCGACCACCAAAUCCAAACCUCUGAACCCCCAAUCAGCCCACCUAUCAAUCCACUCUCCAACCUCCGACGCGCUCACACCAGGUCUCCUAGCAAAAAUGAUUCGAGAAGAAGUCGCCGAGAUGUACGGAGACUGGGGCGUCGGCAAACUAGGCGGUGCCUCUGCCACGGGUGUAAACAUUAAAUACCUCUCCCCUGCAACAUCAACAGCCAUAAUCCGCGUUCCGCGCGCUGCUUUCCGGCUCGUUUGGUCCACGCUUACAUAUAUGAGUCAUGUCCCGGCUACUGGUGGUGAUGCUGGGGCGAGACGGCCGAACGGGGGUCGUGAGCGGGCUUGUGUGUUCAGGGUGUUAAGAGUCUCUGGGACGAUGCGGAAAGCAGAGGAGGAGGCUAUUUCGAAGGCUAGGAGGGAGAUUGUUAGGGUUAGAGGGGUUGAGGAGGAAGGGGUUCUUGGUGAUCUGUUGGGCGGAGAGGUGAAGGGGAGUAUUAUUCCUGUUCCUGUCUCUGGGGGUGUUAUGGAUGAGAGCGAGGAUGAGGGAAUGGUUUUUUGA